AUGACUGAAGCACAAAAGCCUUUUCGCGUUGAAAGCGCCUCCGAGCGGGCUAAAAAAAUGGGGAUCACGACAUGGACCAAGUUCCAUUAUGCUUCUCAACCGGAGCAGUCAAUCUUCACACCACUUGACGCAUGGGGCCAUUCUAUCCGCCAACCUUACUACGGCCCUAUCAUCGAGUCCCAUCAACAGUAUUUUCUUGCCGUUGGUUGGGAGACGGAGGAGCAAUGGGACAAAUUCAAAUCGUCCCCCGAGCAUCAGCAGCUAAUGGCCAAUCUGACAACCAACAACGUGCAGCCGGAGACCGAGAUUAUUAUAUUUACCUCUAACAUGUUCGCUAUUGGAUACACAUCUAACGUCGAGUUGUUCAUUGUAUACUGGCCGGCGUCUAUUACUCAAGAGGUUCAAACAGCCAUCUGGAAAACCAAGCAACUUGUUCAUACUGCAGCAAGCGGAAUGCCCAACCCACUCUGUUACCGCAAGAAACCGAUGUUUGGAUGGAUAGAUGGCCAAAAAGACUGGAAUGGGGAAAGCGCUGUUGCAAGUGUUUGGGCCCACAAGUGGCAGAACCAGGAACUGGAGCAAAAGUACAAAACCAAUGAGAAGAGGCUUGUUUGGGGCGACGAUGGGAGGAGAUCUUACCCGCUAGCCGUAGAAGCAUUUCAGCAUGACUUGAAGUCUCUCGGUGCUAUUGGAUGGGAUACGUUUCCAAACAUUGCCGUGAACAGAUUCCCAACAGAUGGCUCGCACGGCAUAUUCAUCUCGGCCGGCUGGGCUACUCCUCCCCUCUGGAACUCCAUGGAUGAAAGGUGCAAGCCCAAGAGUGACUUUUUACUGGCGGAUAGCUACCACAAUCGUGCGACCGUCAGUGGUGCUUUAUUUCAGCUGGCCGUACACCAUGCGUGGAUGAACAUCGUAAAGCUUGCGAUAUCAGCGGACAAAAGCUUUCUCAACUGGGUUGACCCGAUUUCUGGCAGCACUGCGUUGCACAUUUCGGUCGAAAGCGCUCACGUGGAUGUGAUAAAGACUCUUCUUGAUGCUGAAGCGGAUCCGAAUUUGAAGGAUGGAGCUAGCUUACUUCCUUUUGCGAAAGCAAUGAGAUCAAACAACCUAGACAUUGCGAGAAUGCUGCUAGACUCUAGUAAAGAUAUCAUGAUUGAUGAGCCAGACAAAGCAGGUGUCACUCCUUUCUUGCGAGCAUGCCUAGAUGGCGAAAAGGCAGUUCCUGUCAUACGCGAAUUACUCGAGAAGGCCAAGGAUAAGGUGAAUCUGAAUGUCAGAUUGCCUAGGGAUGUCAAAGUCAACGAAUGUGGGAGAACCGCUCUCAUCAUGGCGCCGUUUCUUGACCCAGAGCAAGAGGGCAGUGACAGCCUCUUUAACCUACUACUCGAACAUGGAGCCGACCCCAACGUACCAUGCACUAAACACGAAUUUAACGCCGGCCCGAACCUAGCGUCUAAACGCGGCUUUACACCUCUUUCUAGAGCCGCCUGGAAUGGCCAUGCUUUGGCAGUAAGAAAACUUCUGGAUUCCAAUGGCGACCCAAACCAGCAGAACUACGAAGGAGAAACUGCGCUACAUAGCUGUUCAGCAGGAGGCCAUGUGAGUUGCAUUGAGGAGUUGGUAACAUAUGGGACUUCUCUCAGUUCCUUGAUGUAUCCUGACUUAGGGGAGCCCUACGUUAUUGGUUUCACCCCCUUGGUCCUUGCAAUUGCCUGUUAUCGGCAAUCUUCGGUCGAAAAGCUAUUGACUUUCGAUCCGGGCCCUGGACAAGCGUUGCAUAUGGCUCUGGCGUCUGAGGAACUUCGGAUUGCCAAGGCAGUCUUUGAGCGAUAUCCCCAGCCGAAUUUAUAUGACGAAGACCUCGGGACUCCACUACACCUUGUCGUCAUGUCCAACAAUGAAGAAAUAUUCGACUUCAUUCUUGCCCAAAAGGGAAUCGACGUCAAUAUUCCUGGUCCGUCUGGUCGAACGCCGUUAAGCUAUGCAGCGAUGAGAUACCAAGGGUUCGUUGAAAAGCUGAUCCAGGCACACGCUGACCCCAACAUCAAAGACCAUGAAGGCAAGACAGCAUUAGAUCACGUAAUUGCUGAAAAGGACUGGGAAAUGGCACAAAUACUCUGUCGCCACACCAGGUUGGAUCUCGUCCAAGGCAGCGUUCGCAGACAGAGUGCCUUGUAUGGGGCCUGUCAAACUGGUCAGAAGGACGUGUUUAAGGUGAUCAAUGCUUCAUGUCAGAAUCUGAACCACUCACAAUACAUUGAGCUUUGUGAAUUAGCUCUACAUGCUGCUUUUGCAGCUGGCAACGAAGAGUUCUUCGAACAGCUCAUCAACGUGCCUGGUGUUACUGGAAGCGUGGAAGAUGAAGAUGGCUGGACUCCUUUGAAAUACGCCACAGUAUACAAUCAAUCGGAAAUAAAGAAGAAGAUUCUGAAAAGGUUCCAACAAAACGGCAUGGAUAGGGUAGACCAAAGAGGUAAAAGGGUCACUAAGAUGCCGCAACGAUGGCACAAAAACGACCGACAUCCGGCCCUUUACGAGAAGGACGAUAACGCGGACCCUAGAGAGAUUAUGAUAACGACAACGCUCAACGACGCUUAUCCGGAUGGUAAAGACAGAUAUGCAGUGGCCCGGGCAGAUCAUCCCAUUCCAACGGACGAGAACUACUGCUUUGAAAUCAGUAUAAAAAAAGGCUGCUCUGACGAGCAACACGACGUGGAUAUUGGCCUCAUUGAUGGCACAAAAAUGUCCAAUGGGCAACGAUCCCUCGCGCGUGCAUUAACAUAUUGCUAUGAGUCUUUGGGUGGCAGUACGUACGAUGACAUGGCAAAUAGUCUCAAAAGCGAUUGCGGACUUAGUCGAGAGUAUCGGGAGGGCUAUACCGUGGGCUGUGGAUUUGAUGCAGCCAAGGAGUGCGUUUAUUUCACCUGGCAGUGA